GAUGAAGAUCUGCCAAAAGUGAAGGACAAACACAAGUCCAACAUGAAGAAGAAGUUUGGGAGCAUCUUUGAGGGGCUUGGAAAACGGGGAAACCCAACAUUGCUUGACAAGAUCUACACAGAGCUCUACAUCACAGCUGGGGAGAGUGAAGGGGUUAAUAAAGAGCAUGAGGUAUGGCAGAUUGAAGAUACGGCUCAGACCAAAGCAUUUCAAGACGAUGCAAUCAACUGCAAUGACAUCUUUAGAUCUUUAGAACCGAAGACAGAGGAACAUAAUGACAAAUCCCAAUCCAAACAAGAGGUACCCAUCAGAACUGUGCUGACAAAGGGCAUCGCUGGCAUCGGAAAAACAGUCUCAGUUCAGAAGUUCAUCCUUGACUGGGCAGAAGGAAUAGCCAAUCAGGAUGUAGAUUUUGUCUUCGCACUUCCAUUUAGGGACUUGAAUUUGAUCAAAGAUGACUGCAAUCUCUUGGAACUCCUGAGUGACUUCCACCCUGAACUAACAGAUAUGCAGGACGCAAAGAAGGUGGUCGACGGUAAAGUUGUAUUCAUCUUUGAUGGCCUCGAUGAAAGCCAACUUCCACUGUGUUUCCAUAACAACAAGAGGUUGUCUAAUGUAACCAAGACAACAUCAGUGGACGUGCUGCUGACAAACCUCAUCAAGGGGAAUCUGCUUCCUUCUGCUCUCCUCUGGAUAACCUCCCGACCAGCAGCAGUUGAUAAGAUACCCUCUGACUGUUUUGACCGUGUCACUGAAGUUCGAGGAUUCAACGACCCACAGAAAGAAGAAUACUUCAAGAAGAGAUUCAGUGAUGAUGAGAACCUGGCCAGCAAAAUCAUCUCCCACAUAAAGACAUCAAGAAGCCUCCACAUCAUGUGCCACAUACCGGUCUUCUGUUGGAUUACUGCCAUGGUUCUUGGGAAAAUGUUGAGUGAAAAUGACCAUGGAAAACUCCCUAAAACUUUGACUGAGAUGUACAUUCGCUUCCUACUCACUCUGACAAACAUGAAGAACAAGAAGUACCAUGGGGAAAACCAACCAGAUCCUCGUAAUCUGUCAGAGUCUGACGUACAGAUCAUUCUGAAACUUGGAAAACUAGCCUUCCAAAAUCUGGCAAAGAGCAAUUUGGUGUUUUCUGAAGACUAUUUGAGAGAGUGUGGCAUUGAUGUCAAUGAAGCCUUCUUGCUCUCAGGGAUGUGCACAGAGAUCUUCAGAGAGGAGGAUCCAAUGUUUCAAGCAAAGAUGUACAGCUUUGUGCAUCUCACCAUUCAAGAGUUCUUCGCUGCACUCUAUGUUGCUUACUCAUAUGCCAGUGAAAAUGUCAACCCAUUGAGUUUAAGAGACUACCAAGAGUUACCAAGAACAAAUGACAGUGAUUCUGGAGACAGAGAUGAUGGCUACAGCGAGGAUGAUGACUACAGGCCACAACACAGAGGUUCUGAGCAGCAGCAGAAAACAGUGUAUGACUUGCAGAGGAGUGUUGUGGAUGAAGCGUUGAACAGCAAGACCGGUCACCUAGACCUCUUCCUCCGCUUCCUUCUGGGCAUCUCACUGGAGACCAAUCAGAUACUCUUGAAAAGCCUAAAGCUCCAGACAGAGGGAGACACAGAGAGCAUCCAGAAGACGAUCCAGUACAUCAAAGAUAGACUUUCAGACGAAAAACAAAGACAAUAUCCCUCCCCAGAGAGGUGCAUCAAUCUCUUUCACUGUUUGAUCGAGUUGAACGAUACCUCAUUUAUGAAUGAAAUUCAAAGGUUCUUGACAUCCAAGAACCCUGCUGAGAAGAAGCUGACGCCUGCACAGUGCUCGGCGAUGGCAUACGUACUCUUGAUGUCAGAGGAAGUGUUGGACAAACUGGACCUGAGAGUGUACAACACGUCACAUGAGGGGCGUAAGAGGCUGGUCCCAGCUGUUCGAUGCUGCCGAAAGGCUAUACUAGCAGACUGCCGCCUUACAACGAGUUGCUGUGAAACGGUGGCAUCUGCCCUACAGCUGCCUGACUCCCACCUGAGAGAGCUGGACCUCAGCGUCAAUGCCCUGUUGGACCUGAAGCCCCUCUCUGUUGGACUGAGGAGUCCCAACUGCCAACUGGAGUCACUUAACCUUAGUCAUAUCAACCUGUGUCAAUCAGAACCAGAGCUUCUAAAGGCUGUGCUGAUGGGUCCUCACAACCAUCUACUUGUGUUGAGACUCACCGGGUGUGAUCUCAAAGAUGACAUUUGUGAAACCGUUGUCUCAGCUCUCCAGUCAGUUGGCUCAUGUCUGACAGAGCUGGACCUCAGCUACAACAAACUGACAGACACCGGGGUGGAGAGGAUCUCCACUGGGCUUAUGAGUCCACACUGUAAACUGAAGAUACUGAGACUGACUGGUUGUGAGAUUACAGAGAAGUCCUGUGGAAGUUUGUCCUCUGCUAUAGCAGUUUCUCAGCUCGAGGAGCUGCGUCUGGGCUGCAACAGACUGGGAGACUCUGGAGUGAAGCUGCUGUCUGCUGGACUGAUGGAUCCACACUGUCAGAUACAGACUCUGGGGCUAAGGGAGUGUAAUCUCUCCAGACGUUCCUGUGUCUGUCUGGCCCCUGUACUGUGGUCGUACUCAGUCCUGAGAGAGCUGGACCUGAGGGACAACAACCUGUGGUACUCUGGAAUGAGGAUUCUCUCUGCUGGACUGAGGAACCCCAACUGUGCCUUACAGACUCUUAGGCUUUCUGGUUGUCUAGUCACAGAGAAAGGCUGUACGUUUCUUGCUUCCGCUCUGGAGUCAAACCCCUCCCACCUGAGAGAACUGGACCUGAGCUUCAAUCACCCAGGAGACUCUGGAGUGAAGCUGCUCUCUGAUAGACGGAAAGAUCCACACUGUAGACUGGAGAAACUCAGUUUGGACCAUGGUGGAGAGUCCAGAAUCAAACCAGGCCUGAGGAAAUAUGCCUGCCAGCUGAAGUUGGACUCAAGGUCAGCAGAUGGUGACCUGACUCUGUCCGAGGACAACACGAGGGUGGUGAGGAGAACGCAGGUUCACCCAUAUCCUUAUUUUGAUUUCUCGGAUUCAGAUGACUCAGAUUACUCACAUCGGCCCAAAAAGUCGGAUAAGUGGGCCAAAGUACGCUGCAGGGAGCCCCUGUCUGAUGGUCGUUUCUACUGGCAGGUUGAAUGGACUGGCUGGGUUGUCAUUGGGGUGACAUAUACACCCAGAUGGGAUAUGGAGAAGAAGAGGUCUUGGGGGCUUUUAUGCUGCAAUGAACAGUACGCAUUUAUUCAUAGUAACAGGAUCUCAGUUAUAUCAGCACCCAGACCGGACCCAAAGUGUAUAGGAGUGUAUCUCGACAUUCCGGCCGGCACUCUGUCCUUUUACAGCGUCUCCUCUGGUACACUGACUCACCUCUACACGUACCACACCACGUUCACUGAGCCCCUCUACCCUCAGUUCAAAAUCAUGUGUGAUGAGAUAGAGAUAUUUGGCUCAGUUAAGAUCCAAACUCUGUGAAUGAAACAAACUGGGAGAUUCUGGAAUGAAACAAACUGGGAGACUCUGGAAUGAAACAAACUGGGAGACUCUGGAAUGAAACAAACUGGGAGAUUCUGGAAUGAAACAAACUGGGAGAUUCUGGAAUGAAACAAACUGGGAGACUCUGGAAUGAAACAAACUGGGAGACUCUGGAAUGAAACAAACUGGGAGACUCUGGAAUGAAACAAAC